UCACAUUUUUACUACAAAUUAAAAUAUUUUAAAUAUUUUCUGAAACUUUUCUUCAAAGCACGCAGCAAGAAAAUAAAGAAACAACACUGUAUGAACUCUUUUAGCCAAGUGCGCUGAGUAGCCGACAAGAUGUUGUUAUGUGGCUAAAUACCAAAGUGGCCGCAAUGAGAAUUGGCCGAGCGCAGUCGCAACCAACCAUCGAGAGUUGACGCAUGUCUGCAAACGGCGAGCACAGUCUUAACGCGCAACUGCUACACCAUCGCAUACAUAUCCAUUCAUCUAGCUAUACAUACAUAUAUGUACAUAUAUCCAUAAAGGAAAAUUAUGUGAAUGAUACGAAAAUAUAAAGUGUUGAAGUGAUAAGUGUAUUUGUUGUACAAUACUUUCACUGUGCCAAAAAUGCAAAGCGAAAAAGUAUAAAUUAAAUAUAAAAAACACAAAAAUUAUUUAGCAGCGCCAGUUAAUAAUUAAAACGUGCAUUAAUAAAAUAACCGCUAAAAAUCGCAUAUUACACAUCGUCAAGCAUCGCUAUAAUUCGACUGAUAACAACCGUUAGCCAUUGUUGUUAGCUACAAAAGCACACAGUCUUCCGUACGCUCGUGAAUUUAUUUACUGUUUCGCAAAAGCUACAAUAACAACGCCAACAAGUCUUUCACCUUAUUGCAAUACACAUUUGCAUACACCGAUCAGCAUAAUUCACAUCAUUGGCGUUGUAGAAACAUCAUCAACAACGGCUCCCUCCAACGCUUAUGACAUAAUGCGCGAAGACGACAUCGAAAUCGCCAUUAAGGUGGUGAUUGUAGGCAACGGUGGCGUUGGGAAAUCAUCCAUGAUUCAACGCUAUUGCAAGGGCAUUUUCACCAAGGACUAUAAGAAGACGAUUGGUGUGGAUUUUCUCGAGCGACAAAUCGAGAUCGAUGGUGAGGAUGUACGCAUAAUGUUAUGGGACACAGCUGGCCAAGAGGAGUUUGACGCCAUUACCAAAGCUUAUUAUCGCGGUGCGCAGGCGUGCGUGCUUACGUUUAGCACAACAGAUCGCGCUUCAUUCGAUGCUAUCAAGGAUUGGAAGCGUAAAGUGGAAAACGAAUGUAAUGAGAUACCAACAGUGAUUGUACAGAAUAAAAUCGAUCUUAUCGAACAGUCGGUAGUGACCGCAGACGAAGUGGAAACUUUGGCGCGCAAUUUGAAUUGUCGCCUCAUACGAACUUCCGUCAAGGAGGACGUAAAUGUGGCAUCGGUCUUCCGAUAUUUGGCUACCAAAUGUCACCAGUUGAUGCUCGGUGAAAGCUGUGACCAGUCGUACACGCAUGCAGGUGGAAAUGGUGGCGGCAGCAGUUUUAAUGGCAGUUCCAGUGGUCAUCAGCCCACAAUUAGUGCCUUCAGUCCGACAUUCACGAAAUCCAAUAGUGGCACAAUUGUGUUGCGCGCAGCUAAAAAGAGUUCAACGGCGCGAAAACGUAAAAUUGUGCUAAAGAAAUGCGGUAUUUUGUGAUUCGCGUGACAACCACUGGCUGGCGGACGAUGUGCGAUGGACGUGUAGAUGAUCGUAUGUGAUUGGGAUAUGAGUAGAAGAAGCGCGCACGAAUACGAACACGAUGAGUAAUGGAAUUGUUGGUGGUGGAGGAAAAAUCAC